AGCAAUCAAACCACUUCGCAAUUCGCCAGGUAAAACGCGAAAAAUGAAUGGAAGCGACAAAAGAGCGCGCAAAAGCCGGCUUGGGCAAUUCAAAACCAAUGACAAGAUUAUGCUAAUCCAUUCGGUGCAAGCCAAGCCCAUACUUUGGGACACACACCACGAGCGGCACUUCCAUGGACCGCUCCUGAAGAAAGCUUGGGAGAAGGUCGCCGAAGAGGUUAAUAAAGAUGUCAAGAGCUGCAAGGCCGCCUGGAAGUCCCUGAGAGACAGCUAUAAGUACUAUCGCAACACAAAGCAGUCGAGGAGUGAAAAUCCGAAGCCCGGUGAGGAUUAUGUGGAGUGGAAAUUCGCUGAGCACAUGUCCUUCCUGCCAGUGUCCACUUCUUCACAGCGGACUCAAAGUUCUACGUAUGCCGAAGAAGAACUAGAGGUCUCCCAAGAUCAGGGCCAGGAUCAGGAGGAGGAACAGAAGUUCUCGGAGCAAACUGAUUUCAUGGACUCAAAGUUGCUGGAAUCCGAUGAUGCAGGCAGUGUCCUUGAAGAAGUCGAGAACGUGCCUUACCACGAUCUAUCCGACAACAAUAUAAGUGACUCCUUGCCCACUCAGGAGACGAAUUGGCCUUCAAAAAGAAAAAGGUUGGAUCUACCAUCGUCAUCGUCACCAUCUCCAACGCCUGCCAAAAAAAUGUGCGACUUGUUAAGCAAAUUCAUUCAGAGCGAGAAGAAGACUGCUCUGAGGAGACCCAUUUUUGGCUACUGGGAGUCGCUGCUCGAUAAAAUGCCUCCAGAGUUGGCGGAUGUGGUUGAGCAAAAGAUGACUAAAUGUCUGUGGGCCGAACAGGAGGCUUUCAAAGCUAAAGAUCUAUGAAGAUAGGUCCCAGUGCGUCAAUUUGUAUAAUUAAGUAUAGUAUAUAAGUUAAAGAUUGUUUCUUGCCAUCGCCGUCAGACUCGAACUGCUAUGAGGUUUUAAAAAUCCAAAGAAUCACUUCAGAGUGUGUUUAAUGACAAAAGGAAGUUGUAUCAUUCCGCAAUAAGAUUUAUAAUUUGUGUCACACAACUCCAGGGACAACUUAAGCCAUCAUAAAACAUUGCUUUUAUUGUCAGGAAAAGCCUUUAAAUUAGUGUUAACAAAUAAAUGUCUUAAUAUGUAAACCAA